AUGGCAUAUUAUAGGCAACGACAAAUACUUACAUACGAUGAUCUAUUUUCACGUAUAUUACAAUCACAUAAUUCUUUUUCAGGAGAAAAUAUAUUUUCAUCAAGAUAUUCUCCAGAAAUACAGAUCGCUAGACAUCAACAUGCAGACAACAAUUCAACAUUGAACAUAAUGAAAGCAAUUUUUGAAGAUGAUAUCGAUAAAUUUAUUGAAAUUUCAAGUGUGCCAGGUUUUAAUUUCAAAAUGGUCAUCAACAACACAUUUCUUGUCGAACUCGCUGCUCAAUACGGCUCAUUAAAAAUUUUUAAAUUUUUAUUAAAUAAUAUUUCAGUCGAUUAUCAACGAACAAUCAUGGCAUCCAUAAUAGGAGGCAGCUACGAGAUCUUCCACAUAUGUGAAAAGAACUCAAACAUCGUUCCUUUGUUAAUUGAAGUUUCAAUCGUUUCAAAUCGCAACGAUAUCGCACUUUAUCUCCAAGACAACCACAAUUUCGAAUAUUCAUACCCGAUAUGCACAAAAUCAUUUAAUUUUGUUGCAUUUUUUUACAAAAUAUUCAAAGAUAAUUCUAAUAUCGACAGUUUUGACAAUAAUGGCUAUAAUCCACUUAUAUCAUCAAUCAAUGAUAAUAUCUAUGUCAUUUUCAAGUACUUAGUUGAUUCAGGGGCUGAUGUAAAUGCGGAAAAUGUUGGAUUAUCAACUCCUUUGAAUUUUGCAGCGAAAAAUUGUUCUAUAAAGUUUGUUUCGUACUUAGUAGAUAAAGGAGCAGAUGUUAAUCAUAAGAAUUCUCUUGGAGAUACACCUCUUAUGCUUGCUUCAAUGGUUGGAAAUUUAGAAAUUGUCACUUUUUUAGUAAAUCAUGGAUCGAAAGUAAAUGAAAGGAAUCGGAAUAUGCAAACAUGUUUAAUGAUGGCAUGCGCGCGCAAUCAUCUACAAAUUGUCGAAUUUCUUUGUGAUAAUGGAGCUGAUAUAAAUAUGAGAGACGAUCAAGACACAAAUUGUUUUCUUUUCGCAGCAGGUAACGGAUAUUCUGAUGUUUGCAGUUAUUUAAUUGAAAAAGGAGUCGAUUUAGAAUCAAAAGAUGUAAAAAAUAGGACUGCUUUGUUUUUGGCUGUAAGAAAUAAUUGUUUUAAUACUGUAAAUUUACUUUUGGAGAAAGGAGCUGAUGUAAAUACAAAGAAUAUUGAUAAUAUUUCUCCAAUUAACAUGAUUGUUUGCGUCAAAUAUCCUAAUUUGCUUGAAUUAUUAAUAAAGUAUGGUGCUGAUAUAAAUUCAAAAGAUUUGGAAGGAAAAACUCCUUUGAUUAACGCAAUUCACUUAGAUUGUCAAGAAUCUGUUAAAAUACUUCUAGAGCAUGGAUCUGAUGUUAACAUAGAAGAUAACCAUGGCUUGAAUGCCAUAAGUUAUGCAAAUUCUUUGAAUGAUCCAAUUAUUUUAGAAUACAUCAACCAGAAGAUUACACAAUAA